AUGGAUGAUCUCGAGGCGCUGUCAGACGUGCUCACCAAACUAUCGGAAGAGCCGUAUGACCUUCCCACGCAUAUACAACACAUAAAUCUUGCGGCAUCUGCCGGGGAAGAGCAGGCGAAUGAGGCGCGGGAGAUGUUCACGGCCUAUUGGGCGGCGGGCGACGAGGUCUGGUCGCCUCUCAUUGAUGCCAAAAAGCGGUCCUCCAACCCCGACUCGGUUUCAGGCGCCCAAGAAGUGCACGAACUAUACGAAAAGGCGGAGGGAGACUACAUCUCCAUCCCAAUCUUGCGAUCGCAUGCCCAAUUUCUCGUAGACAGGCAUGCUCAUUUCUCCCCAAAUGGGGCGGCUGACUCUGUGGACGCAUUCUCUACACCGUGGACGCGCAUGAUGCUGAAGAGUGUCAUGACCCGCGCUAUGAAGGACAUAUCUAAGAGUAACGAAGUUUGGAUGGUUAUUCGGGACUGGGAGUUGGAGAUGCUGGAAUCUGCAAGCGCGGAGCAGAAGGCCCUGCUCGUCGAGGAAAUCGACGAUCUCCAUCAGACUCGUCUUAAGCAAAUACACGCUGCUUCGGACGAGACCUUCCAGUCGUUUUCGACCUUUACGUCCAACAAUCGGUCACCUGCCGAAUACGAGGAUAUCCUUGUCCAAGCCAGCAAGCAGCGCGCGUUCUCCGUCAAAGGCUAUGGGUUCCGCGAAUCCUAUGAAUCGACUCUGGCUCAAGCAGGUUACUCGUUGGACGCGUACGCCCAAUAUCUCGCAUAUGAACGACGUGCAAAGAAGCCAGACUUUAUCAUAUUGUCUGGAAUCUAUGAGCGUGCGAUAUCAGAGGCAGCUAAGCGUCGGUUUGCUGGAGAGUAUGGCGCAGAAGAGGCUCUGAGGACCUUUUGGGCUGGGUACGCCGAUGCGCUCCGCAUUCACAAGGACGACGAAGACAACCAGCUUCUUAUCUAUCAGCGAGCUGUGCGCAGCGUUCCGGGAUACGGAGAGAUAUGGGCUAAGUACAUCCGCUUUGCCGAGGCAAAUCCGGCGUUGAUCGUAGCUGCUCAAGCAGAGGACGCAGAAGCCCUCCACAACCGCGCUUUCGCGACGAAGCUCUUCAACAAAGAUCCAGAAGAGAUUGUACCUGUCGUACUUGCACGCGCUGGAUACGAGAAGCGCAUGCUGCUAUCUGACCAAGGUGAUGCAGAGACGCGGCUAGGCAAUUUGCUCACAGUGCUGGAAGACGGUCUUCAACGUGUACGCGAUGCUUCUAAGUCAGGCGACCCUCGCUUCCGCAUUGAGCGUUUCUUUGUUGAACUGCAUAAGUUCACCGACAACAAUGCCGAGGCGGCUGAAGUAUGGGGUGCAGCAGCCCGCCAUUACAAGACAAAUUACACACCCUGGAUCGCAUACGGUGAAACGCUCAUGCUCGCAAACGACUUCCCUGGAGCCGAUGCUGCCCUCAGCAAAGCGUCCACGGCUCCGCAUAUGGACUGGCCAGAGGCUAUCUGGGAAGCUUGGAUCGCCCUGCACCAAUCUCACGGCACCGUGGACAGCCUGAAUAGGUGUUUAGAUACGGUCGACUGGGAGAGGCAGAAGGUCAACGCGAAGCGCGCUCGCGCCGCUGAGAAAGCUGCACAGGAGGCUAUGCAGGCUGCACAGUACCAACAGGUCGCUGAACCUGCGAGGGACAUUGUCAUGACAGAUUCUACUGCGCAAAACCCCGGCGCGGUGGAGAGCGCUAUGGACGUUGAUCAACAAGCACCGUCACAGUCGCUGAAGAGGAAGGCAGAAGAACCACUCACUGGUGACGAUGUCAAGAAGACCAAGUCGGACGCACCUCUGAAACGAGAUCGUGAGAACAGUACCGUUUUCGUCCGCGAACUGCCUCCAGGGACAACCGAAGAUCAACUCAACAGGUUAUUCAAAGACUGCGGAAGCAUCCGCGAGAUCAGACUCACGACCCUGCCCAACUCGCUCGUUGCCACCGUCGAGUUCGUCGAUUCAAGUAGCGUCCCUGCUGCGCUGACCAAGGACAAGAAGCGUAUCGACGGCGUAGAGGUCGCUGUUCAUCUCGCAUGGCAAUCGACACUGUACGUUACGAACUUCCCCGAGAACAUUGACGAUGCUGCCAUCCGGGAGACGUUUGGCAAGUACGGAGAGCUCUUCGAUGUUCGCUGGCCAAGCAAGAAGUUCAAGAACACACGUCGGUUCUGCUAUGUGCAGUAUACGUCCCCUUCGGCUGCGAAGGAGGCUCUCAUGAUGCAUGGUAUUGAGUUGGAAUCCGGCAUGCCCCUCAGUGUCUACAUCUCCAAUCCUGAGCGCAAGAAGGAGCGGACGGACGCGAAUGCAAAUGCAAAGGAGGUUUAUGUCGCCGGCUUGAGCAAGUUCACUACCAAGGAAGAUCUCGAGAAACGUUUCAAAGCUUAUGGGUCUGUCAAGGACAUUCGUAUACCCCUGGAUGACCAAGGUCGUGCAAAAGGCUUUGCAUUCGUCGAGUUCGAGACGGAAGCGGAUGCUGUUAAGGCGCUCGGCGCUAAUAACGAAGACCUUAAGGGCAGGAGGAUCGCGGUUACCAUCGCAGAUGCACGCGUGCGCUCGGCGAAGAAAGAGCCAGACAGCGGUUUGGGUAAGCGUGCGGAUGCUGCUACCCGUUCACUGCGCGUUCUCGACCUCCCAUCAACGGCGCAUGAUGCAUCAACGACAGAAGGGCUGUUACAGCAAGCCUUCGAGAAGCACGCGUCCGUCAAGCGCCUUGAGGUCUUCCUGGAUAAGCGUGAAGCUAUUGUGGAGUUUGAGACGGCUGCGGAUGCGGCCAAACUUCUCCUGCAACCUGACGCCGUUAUGCUGGAGGGAAAGCCGCUCAAGCUAACUGACAACCUUACAUCGUCCAACACUCGUUCGGCACCGACGGCAUUCGUACCGCGCAAGGCUGCAGCACCAAAGCCUCGGGCAGGAAUUGGUGCACGCAAGACGGCUGCGGCUACGGCGUCCAAGCCCGUUAACAGCGGUAACAGUCAGGCGGAAGCAUCGCGCCCUGCGUCAGGGAAAGCGCAGGAAGAUUUCAGGAAGAUGCUACUUGGCGGGAAGUAG